GCCGCCGGGAGGCUACUUAUCGCCAAGAGAGGGAGAUGCGAGAGAGCUAAAUGCGAGAGAGAAUCUCAAAGCAAUGACGUCGACGACGCUCUCAGUCAAAGGUCAACUGAUUCUUACUUGCGAUACCAUCGAAUCUCACACAGUCGGGGCUGUUUUGUGGGUUCUGCAGUCGCAUUCCAGCAUCAAUCUCAGUGCCUUCUCCCAAAAGGAAUAAAAUUUCAAUCAAAGCCAAAAGUGUUGCAUUUUCUUUGGGGGGCGUUUGUGUUGUGUGUUUGCUGCAGUUCCUUUGGGAUUAAAUGGGGGAAAGAAUGAAGAAGAUCUGUGCCCUUUUCUUGGUGAGCUGUCUCCUCAUUUGUCAGCAAAUCAACUGCGAGGACACUGAAGAUGAGAAGGAGACAGAGACGUCGACUCCGGUAACGGGGGACAAUGCCAAAGUGGCCGAAAGUAGGCUCUCAGCAACAAUAUUCGCCAUGGUUGAGCACUACAAGCAACCAGAUCCAAUUGGUCUGCCGGGAGCUCCUGUACCGGACCCCAUGAAGAUCCCACCGAUUAAGAAAACCCUCACAAUGACAACGCUUCAGAUGGAGAAUAUUCUGGCUUAUGGGCUGUCCAAGUUUCGCAUAAAGUUCGUUAAUGUUGACCUGAAGGAGAUGAAGGUCUUCGCGGGGGUUCAGGUGGACAAGAUGACCCUCGUGGGGAAUUAUACGCUCCAUUCGCUCUUUAGUCGUUCCUCGGGGCCCUUCACGGUUGUCCUGAAGGAUGUCUUCACGGUGGGCAAUGUAACGUUGGGCGUGGAGAGAGAUGGGAAGAUGCGGACGCAGGAUAUUCAAAUGGAUAGCACCUUUGCGGAUAUGUCGAUGGAUUUCCAGAAUUUGGGCUUCAUGGGAGCGGUUUUUCAGAGUGUCGUAAACUCUGCGCCGAAUCUCGUCUUUGACGCCAUGAAGCCGUUUAUGCUGAAGGAAGCCUAUGAGAAGAUAACAACGGAAGUUGAUUCUCAUCUUGACAAGGCCAUUGGUGACAAUGUCCUGCCCAACUCAAUUGCCCCUCUUGACAUGGCCAUAGCUGAGGGAAGGAAGAAGAUUCGACAGUUGGGGUAUGAUCCAUUCAAAGUGCGUGACUACAAUCAUACAGUUGGGAUGUUUAGUAUGGAAAUGACGAGAACGUGGAUUGUUGGAGUAUCGUCAUUCUAUCGUGUUGGGAAUAUCACUGUAUCCAUGGUGAAUAACACCGUAACGAUCAAAACUCAGGUGGGCACACAGCAGAUUAAGGGGUCAACACAGUGGGAACUAUCUGUGGGGAAUGGGAUGAUUUCGCGGACAGGAAGGGCACAGUUUACCGUUGAACACAUCAAGAUGACAACGGCUAUGAGUCAAUCACUUGACGUACGAAAUCGUCCCGUUAUAAAGGAUCUACAAAUUGAACUUGGCAACAUACAGGUGCGAACUGAAGGAGCCGGUACGCUUGAUUAUCUCAUUGAAUUUGCAGUGAAUAUUCUUCCGAAUUUGUUGCGAUACCAAAUAAUGGAUGCAAUUGAGAAUCCUGCCAAGACGAGAAUUCAGGAGGAAUUAAAUAAGAUUGAUGUGGAGAAGUUUAUCAGGCAGAAAUUGCCGGAGUUUGAGAAGAUGGGCCUCAAAAUGGACUUUGACUUCAAUUUCCCAACGGCUUGAUUAAGGAGACCAGUUAAAAAAUGUUUUCUUUAGCGUUUUUAGUGGACAUUUUAUCGAAUUUUUUAGUCAAUAAAGACAGUUUUUACAAGAUUACAAAA